UCGUCGAAUUGUGGCGCUACGCUAGCAUCCAUUUCCGCAAUCUCUGCCUUUCUGGAUCGAUGCAGGUAGAGUUUAACGUUACAUUUCAGAUAUUGCAGCUUGAGAUCAUCUCCAGCGUUCACUCAAAGCACAAUGUAUUUCAUUGUGUGAGGAGGCCGUGGUCGGCUUCUGCUUUCCUGUGACAAGGGAGACCCUCCUUCAUAAUCUUGAAUGCGUCUCUGGCUAGGAUGGAAGGCACUUCAGAUGCAGGGUCAAAGGUGAAAGAUGAGAGGUCAGACGAAGAUGAGGUCACUAUAGUUGAGGAUGCAGAUGAAGCACAGGAGAAUGGAGGUGGAAGGUCAAGCGAGGGCACUUCAGCUAAGAAGAAGGAUGCUGUUGACCAGGAGAGGAGCCAGAGUUCUAAUGUCUUUGAGUACAAUAUGCAGUCUGUCCUACAUGUAGAUGAAGAUAUGUCUCCAAUAGAAUCCAGACAAGAUUCUCAUGGUACCAAUGUAGACUCAGAUUUCCAGGCAUCCAUGGACCAGGGCCUGGACCAAGGGGGAUGGUCCUGGAACAAGGAAUCAGAGGUUCCACAUGGCUCAAGAGAGAUUGUGCCAGCAUCGAAAGGAUCGGCCAAGGUGCGCAGGUUCCAAUGUGGCAUCUGCGGGACCAACUUCACUCUCCUCAAGAACGCCAAGAGACACUAUCGAUGUCAGCACCUGAAUUACUUCUACUGGUGCAAGUAUUGUCCCAGGGGAAAGGAGACGAGGAGGUACACACGAAGAGAAUUCCUUGAGGACCAUUUCCUUUCGUAUCAUCCAGAUAUUAUGUGCGAAGUUGAGGAAGUGGGUAAAUCUUGUCCCACUGAUGAAUAUAAUAUUAUAUGUGUAGACAUCUAUGAAGAUGAGGUUGAAGAAGAUGAUGUAGGUGUUGAUGUAGUCACGACAACCGAUACUAUACCCCAAGGAACAUCGACACUUGAACAAGCUUCUUCUAGAGGGAUAUUUGAAGGUUCGGUUCUCCUACAUAAUACAGAGCAGAGAGAUAAUGUGAGAUCCGAGACAAAUAUUAGAGGCAACUAUAUAAAUCUUGCCGAUUACCAUGGCUUCGCGAAUGAUUCGCAUCAUUCAAAUGGUUCGGGGGCAGUUGCGGGUUCUUCUCAGAAGCGAAUGCAACGGACGUCCCCGGUGAACCAACAGAGUAACAAAGUAAGGAGGGUUGAGAAUGAGAGAAUUAUCAACAUGGAUUGUGAUAUGCCAUAUGCUGAAGGAAUGCUUCAUGAGCGAGAUGUUUCACAAGGAGCCAAUAGGUGGGUGUCUCCCGUUGGUCAGAGUCACCAGUCUCAGGUGAAUUUAAGCGUUCCAAAUCAAAGUGCCUCAACUAGUUCAAGGAGUCUCGGUCCGUUUCCCAGGCAAGACGGAUCUUAUGUUAGCCAUCCAAUGCUCCAUGCUCAAUCUGCAAACACUCAUGAUUGCCUCGUCAUUGGCAGUGCAAUCACACCCCUGGAAAAAGACACUAUGACACCUUCCCCUCCAUCAGUCCGACCUUCUAGCAAGCAUACAUCUCCUCAAAUAGCCAGUUCCAGUACACGGCCACCUUCAGGCCAGUCAGUAAUGCAGAACAUGCACCAACCAAAGAGAAAAAACCACUUCUUGCCUAAUCAACGCCAGCUUAUCAGUCUAGGACCUGAAGCAGGAAGGAGCAUGAAUGAAGAUGGGAAUGUUGUAAUAUCGAGUAGUGAUGCAUCUUGCCGCAAGCAGCCGAGAGAGGCAUCACAACGACAGCAACGCUCCAAGGAAGUUGUUGUCAUCGAAGGAGAUGCCCCUGCCACAACUGUUCUCUCCUGCAAAGAAAUCUUUGAGAAAUACCAUGAUAGCAUCGGCAAGUACAGCAAGGAGAUCGAUUUCAAGUAUGACUCGAGCGGGCGAGUGGUGAGACGAAAAGUUAUCAAACACACGUUUGUUUUUAGCAACUCACAGAUGCCAGUAUCACUGGCAGAAUCAAAAGAAACUCAGGCGGGAGAUAGAAGUGCCUCUAGGUAAGGAGAUGGAAGCUAAGAGGUGGAAGAAAAUGAAAUUUUGCCAGUUAUGCUUGAUGUGAUUACAAUUAUGAAUUUACAAUUGCUAUUUACAAUUUUGUAUCAUCAGGACAACAAACCAUUUACAGAUUUGUGCCUCUGAUAUAAAAGGGAAACCGAACAGGAGAAUUAGGGAUUGGAUUACAGGGUGCUAAACAAGUUCACCAAGUGCUUGCUUGCUUAGUGGAACUCUCAAAGGACAAUGAAAUUUUAAAUGUAGGCCUCUCUCAAUUGAUUGAAAUUAGUUCGUUCUAAUGUGUAUAGAUGUCUUUAAUACAGCAGAGGCAGUAGCUUGGCAGUCCUACUGAAUAUUCGCGUCUUUUAUAGCAUUUUUUUAUGGGGCAAUGACAGACAGAUCUAGUUUAUACUUUGAUUGAUUGCUACUAUGUUCAAUGCUAUUCCAUCUGGUGCUAAUUUGAUCUUGUUGCAUAUGGUUUAAUUCUAUUUUGUCUGUAAAACUUUUUGCCCACAAAUAUAACUUUAAAUUCAUUGGAAUCACCACAAUGCAAAUUCAACAAGUGACUACUAAAUUCUUGAAAACCCAAAGGUUUUAUUUUAAGAGAUUAUUUGGUUUCAGAAAGCAAUUGCUUUAAAAUCUUUAUUUUCCUUCAUUUGCAUUUCUAGUUUAUGUACCAGACAGUGUUUCCCCACUUCAUCUUCAUGUAUUGCAAACUUAGUUGAUCAAAGACUACAACACAAUUUUCUCUUUGUAAUUGUAGAUAAACUCGAUACCAAAUUAUUGCUAAGCAACUUUGGGAGAAUUAAAUGUGUAAAUUUGACUGUAUGAUCAUGAGAUGCAUCAAAUGAUUAAGUUUGGACAAAAGCCAGAUAGAUAGGACAAAUUGUUUUACCCAUAAUGGUGUAAGACAAAAAUCAACUGAUAUCGGAUCAAGAGACUCAACCUGGGACACAUCGUCCCGAUGCAUGACUUUGCCAUGCAGUGGUAACUUCCAUAGAAUCCUUGAUUCUGAUUGGCUCUUGAUCAGCGUUACCAUGGUACAUGUAUUUACCAUUGGAUGGCUUAAGUGACCAUAGUAGGAACUUUUAUGAAAGGGAGCUCUGGAGUAUUAGAGCUUGGUAAAAGGAAGCAACCAACAAAUAUGUUAUUUUCUG